GGCGGGGGGCGGCGGCGCCCCGCGAUGUCCCGCAUCGCCGCCCGCUGCUGUCCCGGCAAACUCCGGCUCCCGGUUGCGACCCCGCUGCUCAAGCUGGCGGCUCGGGCUGCUUGAUGGCACCGCUCUCUUAAAGCAGGAGCGGCUCGGCGACACCCCCGUGCCUCUGUGUGUGUGUGUUGUGUGUGUGUAGUGUGUGUGUACACACACACUCCCGCAGCCAGCCGCCGCGGAGAGCCUUGCAGUCGCGGCGCCGAGAGCCCUCCCGGCCGACCUCUGCUUGCAAAUCAACCUCGGAGGGGAGCGAAGCGCCUGGCAUGUAGGAGAGAGGAAAGCGAAAAGCGGGCAUGGGGAACCAGGUGGAGAAGCUGACCCAUCUGAACUACAAGGAAGUUCCCACGGCUGACCCGACAGGAGUGGACAGAGACGAGGGGCCCAGGAUUGGGGUGUCCUACAUCUUCUCGAAUGACGAUGACGAGCUGGAGCAGCAGCAGGAUUCGGUGCACGAUCUGGGAGGCGAACACCCUGCCUUGCAGCCGUAUGAUCCCCAGCUGCACGAGGUGGAGUGCUCGGUCUACUACCGGGAUGAGUGCAUCUACCAGAAGAGCUUUUCUGAGGAGGAUACGCUGCCAGAGGAGGGUGACGAAGGGGGUGGGGGGCACCUGAGCACCUAUACACCGGAGAACCUGCUGAAUAGGUGCAAACCAGGUGACUUGGUGGAGUUUGUGUGCCAGGCCCAGUAUCCGCACUGGGUGGUUUACGUCGGGGAUUUUCAAGUCGUGCACCUGCACAGGCUGGAGGUGGUGAACAGCUUCCUGACUGACGCCAGCCAGGGCAGACGGGGCCGCAUUGCCAACCGGCUGUACCGCUACAAACCCCUGAGCCCGGCCGCUGUGGUGCGCAACGCCCUGGAGCAGGUGGGCUGCAAGGACCGGGACCUGAGCUGGAGAAACUCGGAGUGUUUUGCCGCCUGGUGUCGGUACGGCAAGCGGGAGUUUAAAAUCGGCGGGGAGCUGCGCAUAGGCAAGCAGCCCUACCGACUGCAGAUCCGUCUGGGUGACAAGCGCAGCCACACGCUGGAGUUCCAGAGCCUAGAGGAUCUGAUUAUGGAGAAGAGGAGAAAUGACCAGAUUGGUAGGGCUGCUGUGAUCCAGGAGCUCUCCAGCCACCUGCAGGCUGCAGAGGAGGAGGAGGAAGAGGAGGAGGAAGACCAUCAUCCAGGUGCUCGGACUGCUGUGGAGUAGCAGCCUCAGCACCACCAUGCUGCUUAGGCUGGGUGAUGGGGAUUAAAACUGAAGGCUGCGAAAUUGAGCUGUUAUAAGCCCUUUGGGCCGCUUCAGUGCAGCUUCAUUCCAAUCACAUGUGAAAGGAAGGGGGAAAGCUGAUUAAGUGUCUGUGCUUUAGUGCUUAACUCCUUCAGUGCUCGAUGAUAAAACCACUGACUUAUUUGUAGAGGAUAAAACUCAGGGCGAUCCUACCCCUCUCCACUCCCACCUCUUUCCCUUCCUCUCUGCCCUCUAUGUGCAUAGUCUUUCCCUCAACCGCCUGCCAGUGGGCCUGACCCUGCAGAUGCUAAAUGCCUUUGACAUCUACUUAUCAGCAGAAGUUAGGGGUGUUUAAUGCUAUUAAGAAGGAGCCAACAAUUGUCAGGAUAUGGCCACCUAGCUCUGAGUGCAUGGUUAGUUGGGGUAGCAAAGAAGCAUGAGGACUUCAUUUUUUCUUUCUGUGCCCCUGUUUCUCUUUGGCUGUGGCUCCUGUUGGUAUUACAGCAAACUGUUUGCUUACAUCUCCAGCUGCAAGGCUUCUAUGGCUUCUCAGCCACCCCCCCUCACCCCAAAAAAAAGGCAUAUGGGAGAAAUCACCGCUGAUUUUAGUGAAAUGGUUUUGAUGUGCCCAGUGAUGCCUUAAAAGAACUUGUAGGUGGGCUGGAGGAGUGCUUCCUCUGCUGUCGGUGUGGCUCCAAGAGCAGAGGGUGUAUUUAUCGCCAAAUGGUCCCAGGGGAGGAGGGAACUUGCAAUCCUGUACAUGAAAUCUGUGUGCUGCUGUGUGGUGGGACUCCCACCACAGAGAUGCUGAGCUCUGCCAACACUCAUCAUGGGCUGUCUGGCUUCCCCUAAAGCAAAUGGCAAAACUCGCAAUAACAUCAGUGGCACACACUGAGGCAGUAGAAGCAGGUUGUUCACACGCGUUGGGAUGUCUGAGCAAGCUGUCCCUCAAGAGGGUGGGCUGGAUGCCCCGGCCGUGAGCACGUCACAGGUUCUGCACUACAGUAAACAAGGCUGCAAUAGGAGACACUGGGAUGGAGGGCAGCACAGGCAGGGUUUGGAUGUUCCUCUUUUCCUUCCUUACCACGAACAAAUUUCCCCUUCAUCAGGAAUUUCAUGUUUCCCUUUUUUUUUUUUUUUUGUUUUUUUUGUUUGUUUUGUUUAAGUCUUCACGGUACACAGCUGAGCUAUAGCAUUAGCAAGGAAAUGCCUUAAGAGUUGUUGUGUGAGCCCUUUACUAAGCAUGCAGGGGGAGUGAGGUGCUACUUGCCUUGCAUAUUUCCUGAACUUGUUCUCCACCAUGCAUCUGUUGAACUGGUUUCCCACACACACAGUACUGACAGAUCUUUGUCCGGGGAUCUUAAGCAUGUGAGCAAACACUGAUUCCAAGGCAGUUUCUAAUGUGAAAUUCUUACCCCUUAAGACACAAUAGUGAUGAAGUGAACUUGAAAAUAAGCUUGAGUUCAUUUAAAUCAUAAAACUAACAGUGUGAUGUAAACUUGAGGCAUAGUAAGUAGUCUUCCCUGCAGUUGUUUACAGUUACACUGCAAAUAGCAAAGUACUACGUGUCCUUUCCUCCACUGAAACAAGAGCAAAGUUUGUCAUUCAAGAAUAAGUAGAUACCGCUUUGGUUAGUUAAGACUAUAUAAAGCAACUUUCCUGAAUAUAAAAGGACAAUACAGUUUAAAUAGCUUUGUAUUGUUGUGUUUUCUGCCUAAAAUACACAAUCCAGAAAAAGCUUUUGUGCUGUGAAAGAUGACUUCAUAUUCACUUCAGGAGGAAAACCCAGCAGCUUCAAGGGUUAUGCAAAAUACGCUAUAUUCCCAUGCUGUAAUUUUUGGGCUGUGUAAUGCCCAACUCCAAAGGAGAAUUUAACACCAAGCUUGCUUGGAGUGCUAUAGCUCAGGUGUGUGUACUAAUGACAUUUUUCCUCAAUAUGCAGUUGAGCUGUACUCAAGUUACUGUGGCUGCCAAACAGAUGUGCGACCUUGCUUUAAAAGCAUAGUAACUCUCCAUGCCUGAACUGUGAUAGGGUUAAUACGCAGGUGACUGCACACAGGUUUUAUACAACAACCAGUAACCGUUCAAAGCUGAAAUGAUCACUGAAAUAGUCCUAAAAAGGAUGAAGGAAGGUCUCUUUUGUACUGACUGGUAGGAAACAGAACUGAGGUUAUCUAGACAAUGACUAAAUGUCUGGCUGUUGUUUCUUUAGUACUGAAACCUUGUACAUAACAAAGUUUAUUUCACUGUGUAAUAUAUAUAUGUAAAAUAAUAUUUUCUUACAGAUAUUUUUGAAAGACAAAAAACAAUUCCAUCAUAAGAACCUUGCAUCUUACAUUUAAAAGCAAGUUGUUAUACACGUUAUUUUGCAGUCCUCUGAAUGGGUUUAUUUUUCAUUAGUGAUCUAAAGUAUAUUCUAGGUCAUAAAGUAUGGAAACUGUUAUAAUUGUCAAAUAUUAUGUAUCUACAGGGUACUAUACAGUAAACUAGUUGUGAAAAUAUU